AUGUCUGGCUCGUCAAAGAAUUCUGGCGUACUGCAAAGAAGUCGGAAAGAGGAAAGUUCUUUCCGCCAAUAUUCAAAUUGCCUCUUGGGAAAAUACACUUACUUCACUACAAAUUGGCCUUUUCUUUUCUCUUGCUUUCUUCUUUUCUUUUUCUUUUUUCUUUUUUUUGUUUACUUGCUUUUUUUCUUCUUCCUUUUCUUUUCUCUUGCUUUUUUCUGUUAUUUUUCUUUUUUUCUUUUUCUUGUUUACUUGCUUUUUUUCUUUUUCCUUUUCUUUUCUUUUUCUUUUUUCUUUUUCUUGUUUACUUGCUUUUUUCUUUUUCCAUUUUUUUCUCUUUUUCCUUUUCUUUUCUCUUUUUCCUUUUCUUUUCUCUUGCUUUUUUCUGUUCUUUUUCUUUUUCUUGUUUACUUGCUUUUUCUUUUUCCUUUUUUUUCUCUUUUUCCUUUUCUUUUUUCUUUUUCCUUUUCUUUUCUCUUGCUUUUUUCUGUUCUUUUUCUUUUUUUUCUUUUUCUUGUUUACUUGCUUUUUUUCUUCUUCCUUUUCUUUUCUCUUGCUUUUUUCCUCUUAUUCUUGUCUUUCUUCUUGUUUUCCUUCCUACUUUUCGUUUAUUAUUAUUUUCCUCUGUUUCAAUUGCUGUUCAGUCAAUUCUCUCGCGUUUUCUAUUUUUCUCUAAGAUUUUUUCACCUUUUCUUUUGCUUUUCUUCUUCGUUUCGCUUGUUUCUUUCUUCUUCUUUUUUUCUUCUUUUUCUAAUUAUUAUUAUUAUUAUUAUUAUUAUUAUUAUUAUUCACUUUAACCAUUCUUUCUUUUCUCUUUUUUUUUUCUUUCUGUUUUGGUCAUCAUUUCUCUUUCUUUUUUUCCUUUUCUCAUUCAUUUCUCUUGUAUUUUUGCCUACGUUUUUCAUGUUUUUCCUACUUCAUAUUCUUUGCUUUUCUUUUAAACUUCUUUUUUUGAUUUCAUUUUCUUCUUCUUACUUGCUAUCUUUCAUUUCCAUCUUCUUAACAAAAAAAGAAAAUAAAGAAAAAUAG